CGCCUGUUCACCCUCUGCUUUUGCUGUCAACAGCGUCCCACUGCCGAUUCCGACGCUUCAUAACCUGCACGAUAUAUUUUUGUACAUAUUUGGUGUUCGUCAUAGUGUGCAGCAAUUCCGUAGGCUAGCGCCCGUGGAACACUUGUAAUUCUUUCAGGAACGUCCCGAUCAUCGCGGGAACACAGCUGUACAGCCUCUCCAGAGACUGUAAUUAAGAAUAGCUAAUAAUGGCGGACGACGAAGCUUUUGAUCUGUAUGGAGAUGAUCCAUUCGUUUCAAAAUCGAGCGACCUUCUUUACGAUGACCUAUUGUCAACGAAUGCAGAUGAGCCACAAUUGAACACGUACGUUGAGGACGACGUGUUGAGUUUUGGGAUGAAUGCUGAACACGAGGAAGCACAAGCAGCUCUUGACUUUGAAGGGAAAUCGGCGGUUGAAACGCCCGAUUCGAAAGACCUUGACUCAAGCGGCGGGCAUCAAUCACAUCUCACCGGUCAAAACGCUCUGCACUCCCAAUCAUCGACAAAUACUCCAUCAGGACCGACAGGCAUCAUAGUCGGCGAUCUAACAUGGUGGACAAGCGAUGAGGACCUCCGCUCGAUUGCUGUAGAUGCUGGUGUUGGUGACCAAUUGGUGGCAACAGAGACUACCUUCCAGGAGCAUAAGGUCAAUGGGAAAUCGCGCGGGAUUGCAUAUAUGACCUUUCAAACGCCAGACGCUGCGAAGACCGUGAAGGGAAUGCUGGAGAUGAUUGAAAUACACGGUAAAAAGCCGACAGUUGCCUUUGCUGAUCCAGCACAGAGAAAAAACCCCUUCCGACACGUCCCGAGAGACCCGAAAGAAGCACGCGCCGCAAAUGCACUUCGGAGCACCCAUCAAAGUCCUCAAGGGACACCCACCCUUGGAACUGGAACCGUGGGGCCAAUACGUGUAUCGGCCAACCGUCUACAACAGCAACAACAACUGCGAGCCAGCCCUUACGCCAAACCACGGCCUGCAGCCAAUGGCGCCGCAAGAACGCCAGCACUUUCUGCUGCUGCUGGAAUGGGAAUGCCGUACAGCGGUGCCGGGUUUGGUGUGCGACCGCCGGCCGGUGGACCAUACGGAGGUCCUAUGGAAUGGGACAUGGAGUUCUAUGGUGGUCCAAGACCGCCCAUGCCAAUGUAUGGCGGCGGCCCAGGCUCAGGAAGGCAUCAUAUGGGAGCUGGCGGUGGGUUCCCACCCAUCCCACCAUCGCAUGGAAGGCCUUAUGGAAGGCCUGGGUGGAGAUGAUUGUGUAGUGUUGGCGUUGCUAGAAUGUACCAUAUAGGCGAAAGGUUGUAUGAGUAUUCACUCUGUGUAAUUUGUAAUUAUGCGAUUUUACUUUCAGUUUCUGUCGCUUCAACCAUGUACAUUUUGAUAAUCAAUAGAAGCCUUGAAGUUACG